AUGACUGCAGAAAAGACCGCUACACUCGAAGAACUUAAAGCGGCUCUUCUUGAAUCAUAUAGAGAAGAGUUUCCCAACGAUGAACCAACCAUAUGCGCAUUUGCACCUGGCCGGGUGAAUCUCAUCGGUGAACACGUGGAUUAUAAUGAUGGUUUCGUCUUUCCAAUGGCCAUACCCGUUGGAACGAUGAUUGUGGGAAAGGCAUUGAACGAACCAACAACUACGAAAUGCUAUGUUCGAACUUUAUCAAAGGAUGUUGGUGAACAGAAGUCGAUUGAAAUUGACCUAGCAAAUGAACUCGCACCAAUAAAAUCACCAAAAUGGGCUAACUAUGUUCUCGGCGUUCUUGCUCACUUUCUGGAACGAGUGAAGCCAAGUAAAAAACAACCUUUUCGAAUUUUGAUUGCAACAUCAGUACCUAUUGGUGGUGGUCUCAGUUCUUCAGCAUCAGUCGAAGUUGCCAUGUGCACAUUUCUCGAAUUACUCUACGGAAAUUCACUAUCUUCCAACCAACAAUUAUCAAAAGUCGACAAAGCUUUACUUUGCUGCAAAGCUGAACAAACAUAUGCGAAUGUUCCAUGUGGAAUCAUGGAUCAAUAUACUUCAUGUUUGGCUAAGGCUGACCACGCUCUAUUGAUUGACUGUCGUGAUAAUACAUCACAGUACAUUCCGAUGAUAAACAAGAAUGUCUGUGUACUAGUAACAAAUUCGAAUGUCAAACAUGAAUUAGGUGCUGGAACAUAUGCUGAACGCGUUCAUAAUUGUCAAGUAGCUGCUAAUCUGUUGGGUCAUAAGAAACUACGUGAAGUGACAUCUUUAAAAGAACUGGAAAAUGCUCGCGAUAAAAUGUCGCCGACGACUUAUAAGCGUGCGCGCCAUGCAAUAACAGAAAUCCAACGUACGGAAAUCGCUGCCGAAGCAUUGAGUAAGAAUGAUUAUGCCGAAUUUGGUCGGCUUAUGUACGAAAGUCAUCAAUCACUUCGAGAUGAUUUCGAAGUGUCUUGCGAAGAAUUGGAUCAGCUUGUUGAAUUAGCACGAUCUGUCGAUGGUGUUUAUGGUUCACGAAUGACCGGAGGUGGAUUUGGUGGAUGUACGGUAACAUUAGUAGCGAAAUCAUCCGUCGGCAAAUGUAUUGAAACAAUGAAGAACGGUUACAAAGAGAAAUGUCAACAAUUCCAUCCACGAAAUGAUUCUGAUGAUGAUGAUACACAAAUUCAAAUAUGUUUUAGUUAUCUCUCAUCAAGUAAAUUUCCGCUGCAGAUUUAUCAGAAAGCAUUAAUUGGUAUGUCAUGUGGCUGCGUAUUCGUUGCUGUUAUUUCAUUAUUCCUGACUCAAUCACUCGAUAUUCAAUCAUCAUUCUAUAAGAUUCGCUGUUCGAAACGCACUGUUGAUUAUCUUUUAAUUUCAAAUAUUCUAACUGCCAUGUUAGCGAUGAUUACGAUGAUGUUGUUCUUUGGUUUCGAACAUGUGCAAACGAUUUAUCAAUGUGGUCACUCAUUUUGGUCAUUUGUUCUUGGUACUUGUUGUAUAUUUCUAUGUUGUAUACUUCUGGCAAUCUUUCGUUUUGAUGUGGAGAGCGAAUUUCAUCAUCAUUAUUAUCAUAACUACGUAGCAACACUUUGUUGA